AUGAAAUUUGUGGCAAUCACGCUGGUGUGUUUGGCAGUGGCCGAGGUAACACACGCCGAUCCCGAACCACACAAGUACCACCCAUACUCAUACCACCACUACCCUAGCUACCACUAUUAUCCUCACAACCUUCAUGUCAAACCACUGGAGGGCGAUGGAGUGGCCACACAUCCAGGUGGCGGCACCUCCUUCUUGGCUACUCAAGUUCACGGCUUCACUAAACACUCCGCUGACCCCAUGCCGGAAUCUAACCCUGAACCAGAAGCUGACCCUAAUUCCGACAAUACUUAUAGUUACCAGGUAGUCCACCAUGGCCACCCCCACUAUGGGUACCACAAUGGCUAUCGCUACCCUUACAAUGCCUAUCGCUACAACCACUACUAUGGUUAUCCUCACAGAUACCACAACCACCACAAGAGAUCAGUCGAAUCUGAACCCGAACUUGAACCUCGUUACACCUAUCACGGACGCCCUCAUUACUAUAACAUACUAUCACGGCUAUCCCCACUACUAUCCUUACUACGCCGGUUACCAAUAUCGCUACAGGGGGUAAGGGAGAGGUCAGGCAUGGAUUGCAGCAGGCCUUGUGUGAUGGUCCUUUACCAUAUGUCUGAUAGUCUGGCAAUCAUAUUGGUGUGUUUGCUAGUGGCAUUGAUAACACACGCCGAUACCGAACCACACAAGAAUCACCACUACCCUUACUACUACUAUUAUUCUCAACGCCACAGUGUCAAGUCACCGGAGGGCGAUGGAGUGUCCAGGCAUCCAGGGUGUGGCACCUCCUUCGUGGCACCUCAAGUUCACGGCCUCACCAAACGCUCAGCUGACCCCAUGCCCGAAUCUAACCCUGAACCAGCAGCUGACCCUGAUUCCCCCAAUACUUAUAGUUACCAGGUAGUCCACCAUGGACACCCUCACUAUGCAUACACCAUGGAUAUCGCUACCCUUACAAUACCUAUCGCUACAACCAUUACUAUGGUUAUCUUCACAGAUACCACAGCCACCACAAAAGAUCAGUCGAAUCUGAACCCGAACCUGAACCUUAUUACACCUAUCAUGAACGCCCUCACUUCUAUAACAGAUAUUAUUAUCACAGUUACACCAACUACUAUCCUUACUACCCCGGCUACCGUUACCGCUACACAGGAUAAGGACGGAGGCAGGUAUGGCCUGCGACAGGCCUUGUGGCGAUGGUCCUUUACCACAUGUCUGAUUGUCCGGUUUGCUCACGGCGGUUUUUCAGACACUGGUAGUAAGUGGAUCACUCAUUGUGUACAAAAUAAAAUUUGUAAAAUUUAA